AUGGGCGCUCUGUGCCCCCUGUGCCCCCUGUGCCCGUGGCUGGUGCUGGUCCUGGUCCUCUUCUCCUUCUGCAACGCAUCGGAGGCGCCUCCGAGCUCCGAUGACUACGGACUCCUGGUGCCCUUCCUGAAGGUCUUGAGGGAGAGAGACGGCAGUAACCACAGCUCUCCGACAAAGCCCGACACCAGGUACCUGCGGUACAUGCGGAGGCUCUACACCGUGUCGGCCACCCAGGAUGGCAUCCCCAGAAGAGGCGUCGAUCAUCACUACAACACCGUCAGGUUGUUGACCCCUCGGACUCUGUGCACUGAGACCGACGGAGAAGCAUUCAAGCAGGAUGUGUACUAUGGAUUGGAUUUUGUUACGGAGGAUCUGUUGAGAUCGGUGCUGCUCUACUCGGUGGACAAACCCAUUCAUUUCCCAGUUUUGUGCAACUGCAAUCUCCUGGUUAAAGACCACAAGUUAAUUCGGUUGCAGACUUGCUCCAAUGCUCAACGAUCUCACAACUUCCUUCUGCGUCUAGAGCGUAGGAAGAGGCACGAGUGGGUGGAAGUGGACCUGACCUCAUUUCUUCAACCCUUUAUUGGGCUUCACAAGGGGAGCCUUCACAUGGUGUUCAAUUAUUGGUGCGUGAGACCAGACCAGUCUCACCCCAACCUCACCAGAGGCAGAGAUGGUGAUGACAACCCAUUGAAACUGUCUCUGAUGGCCCCUUCCUUACUUUUGUUCCUCAAUGAUACUCGUGGACAAGCUCAUCAGCGAUGGUAUGAUGAAACUGAGCUCAAUGUCCAUCCCAGGCUGGGUCAGGUACAGUCACUAGCAAAAGCCCCGUCCCAUCAAAGCCGAGAACUGGUGAGGCGUUCGAGUUCGCGUUCCAUUCGCAAACGCAGAGGUCCCAAGCGAAGAGGAUUGGUGAAGGCACCCCAGAAUAUUCAUCGCUUCCCCUGGUUGCAGCAUCCCAAGGAGGAAUGUCAGCUCCACGACUUCAGGCUGGCUUUCAGUCAGCUUAGAUGGGAUCAUUGGAUCAUUGCUCCACACAACUACAAUCCACGUUUCUGCAGGGGAAGCUGCCCUAGGGCUUUGGGUCAUCGCUAUGGUUCCCCUGUUCACACCCUUGUACAGAACAUCUUGUUUGAGAAAGGCAAUUCCCCCAUCCCUCAACCCUCUUGUGUUCCCUCUGGCUACAACCCCCUGAGUGUCUUAACGCUGGAAAAUGAUGGUUCUGUAACCUACAAAGAGUAUGAGGACAUGAUUGCUACUGCUUGUACCUGCCGAUAGUGCACAUUUUGGCUCCAGAAUGAAAUGUAUGUGAAUCAGUCUGAAGGUUGUUGCUGACUUGCAUGGCAUGGAAAAAUAGUAUUAUUCCUGCAAAGCCAAGAAAAGCGCCAUAAUAUAGUGUAUUAAAUUGUUUUAGUGUUUUUUUUAUUUGCAGU